AUGCCCCUCUACGCCUUCGGCUCCAACGGCUCCGGCCAACUCGGCCUCUCGCACACAGAAGACGUCUCCGUCCCGACGAAAUGUCUCUUCGAUGAUGACCAAUACCACACCACCACCGCUUCCUCCUCAUCCUGCUCAAUCACACCAACGAUAUCCCGCAUCGCAGCUGGCGGAAACCACACCCUUGUUUUGUUCUCCGAUGGGAGGGUAUAUGCGGCGGGGUGUAAUGAGGAUGGGCGGUGCGGGGGUAGAUUACCUUCGGGGAGUGGGGAUGGGUAUGAGGAGGUGGUGAGGUUUCGGCGGGUUGUUGUGAAUACUUCCGAUGGUGAUGUGGGAGAGGAGGAAGAGGAGAGGUUUACAGACGUGUCAGCUACAUGGGAAGCGACGUUCCUGGUGUCUGGGAGGAAAGUGUAUGUCCUAGGAACCGGGGGGAGGGGGGAGUUAGGGGUUGGGGAGGGGAAGAGCAGUGUGAAAGAAGGGGUUGGGUGCAUUGAGUUCGAAGAUAAAGUCAUCAGUAUAGCGAGCGGGAUGGGACAUACGGUUGUUGUGCUGGAGGGAGGCCAGGUGUAUGGGUGGGGAGGGGGGAGGAAAGGGCAGUUAGGUGCUAAGGGGAAAGAAAUCAAGGUUGCGUGGGAACCUGUUAGGAUUGACGAGGAGGAGAUAGGGUUCCGGGCGACGGGGGCAGCGUGUGGGAGGGAGUUUACGGUUGUGCUUGGGGAUAAAGAGAAGGGGCAGUUUGUUGUGCUGGGGUCGCCUGGGGAUAAGUGGGGGGUUAUGUCUGGAGGGAAGGAGCCUGUGGGCUGUUUUCAGGUUGCCGCCGGGGGAGAUGGGGUGGUGAAGGGGUUGGCUGUGGGGAGUGAGCAUGUGCUUGGACUUGUGGAUGGGACGACGGUCGUGGCCUGUGGUUGGGGAGAGCAUGGUAAUUGUGGUCCUGAGACGGAUGCGCAGGGGAAUGUGAAGGGGGUGUGUUGCCAGAUUCCUUUGCCGGAUGGGGUUGGGGAGGUUGUUGGGCUCGGUGCGGGCUGUGCCACGAGUUGGGUGAUUACUCGGGAUUGA